UUCUAGACCACAGAGGCAGUCAAGUCACUGUUGUACUUGAUCCAGACAUGAUAAUAAUAUUGCUGACAGUUGCAUUAAUGAACUUACACACUUCUGGGCUGCUUUUGUGCCAAAGGAUUAAAACAAAAAAAUGCAGCGAAGAGGGUUUGGGUGAUCCUGGCACAGUCAGGCUGGUUAGGCUCAUCAUCAGCUCAGAACCAUUACCCCUUCUACACUCAGCAAGACAGCGAAUGGAACUUCUCCCAGGAAGCGCUGCCUAUAGUCAUACCCACCCAGAACUUUUCGGAGAAUGUGAAGACUCCCCAACACUGCAGCCUUCUGCAUUACACAGGCCAGCUGACUUCAUCCAAGUGAAGGACUCCCCAGGGUUGCUUAUCCUCUCAAAAUACUGCACAUAAACUCGAUGCAGUGGUCGUUCAGAUAGCCACUUCUUGAAAAUAUUAUUAUUAUUAUCAUUAUCAUUAUUAUUAUUAUUGACCACUUGUCUCAAAUAUCAGUCUGAUCUAUUGACAAAUGUGAAAUACUAGAGACUCUUAUUUUGCCAUGGUCAAAACCAUAGUCCAAUAAUCUCCCCACUCCGUUAUCAAGUUCCCCUAAAGUAUUUAUAAUUAUCAUUUUGCAUGUUCCACUCACUAAGAACAACUGGAUUCACAUGUAUGCUUAUAUAAAGUAUUUAUUUGUUCUAAGUUUGUUUCAACUCUAUCAAGAACAUGUAGUUUGUAGCCUCUUAAUUAUAGAGCAUUUCUAAUUAAUAUUAUAUAUAAUCAUUAAUUUCAUUUUGCCAAACUCACAUGUUUCUACAUGUUUCAACAGAAAUUGUGCAAGAUUAAAAAACCCUAUGAAAUAUACUUUUCGUGUAUCUUUUUAAAAAGAAUUAAAUAUUUCAUAAGUUUUUACCGAAACUAAGAACAAUUCAUCAUUGAAAACAUUUUGUGUGUGGUCUUUUUGUCUCAGUAUUUUGACAAAUGUGUAAAAACCUGUACAACAAGGAUGAAAUAUAGUGUAUAUCAUCAAUGGAACCACUAUUACAUGAGUUCUCUGAUCUCUGCUAAGAACUGGCUUCACAAAAAUAAGACAAAUAGACAUUGCUCUACUCAACAUUACCUUCCCAUGUGAAAUUGUUAAAGGGAGAUAAUCAAUGUAACUUCCUUUGUAGCUGCUGUUUUCCAUCAUGCUGAUUUCAUUUGUUCAAUCGUAGAUUGACAAUAGACUGACAGAGUAUGUUGAUAAUACACGUUUGUCUCACAAAAGACAUAUGGUAUAAACAUG